AUGGCAAACUCAGCACUGCGAUCCAUCCUCUGCUUCCUCUUGUGCUCGCUGUUGGCUCCCAGGACUCUGAAUGAGGCGGUUGGAAUGGAAAAGCCUUUGUCGUUUCCCCGGCACGAAGGCGAUGCAGCCGCAAAGUUGCUCGGAAGGGUGAUGAAGGCAAGCAGAGAGCAGGUGAGGCUCGUGCUGGAACCCGGCAUGCACACUCUGCGGGAGAGCAAGGGUGCUGACAACGAACCGCUGACGUUGAGUGUUGUGAAGCACGAUAUGGAUUACGACGUGUUCAAAGAGCAUUGCAAGCGAUCGUUUCCCGACAAUCAGACACGUGAAGAGGACAUGGGACCGCACGAUCUGUUCGACAUUCUUGACUCUACCCCCACAGCUAACCACCCUGCCUUUUCUGCAUCUCCUCCGGGUUCUCAGAUGGUUCAGCCCGACCUUGCAGGCAGCAACGAUGGGUCAGAUGAGGCUGGGAAUCCCUUACGGUACCUCCCAGGAAUCCUCAGCCCCUCGUGCUGCCUCCCUCCCACCAGUCGGCUCCUCCUCCGAGGCAACAGCUCCCAUGACCAGAAGCCCCAGGUUGAGGGUUCUUGGAAGCUACUCAACAGCUCACGGGGAGUCUUGGAACAAGUCCACUUCUCCAACCAGCACGGGAGCAUCUUCGAGGUGCUCUCGGGGCCAUGGGAGUUUCGGUCAUGCCGGUUGGCUGCUGCGGGCCCGUGGCUCGUUGGCCCGGUCUGCAUCUUCGGCAGGUGUGAGGCCCUGAUCAACGUGUCGGACUGCAGGUUCGGGAGGCUGGAAACGGGCAGGAAGCGAGAUGUCGCCCAUCAUGGAGUUGCAGCAUCAGGCAAGACAGUCUGCCGCGUGAAGAACUCAUGCAUGGAGGAAUUUCGCAUGUCAGACGUCUCUGCUACCGACGAGUCCAGCGUCUCCCUCUCCAAUUCCGUCCUGCAGUACAGCAACUUUGCUGUCUCUCUUGCUUCCCAAGCUCGAGUCAAGCUGGAAUCCUGCGAGCUGAGAGAUCACAAUUACUCUGCCUUCAUCUGUCCAGGUCCACCGCAAAGCCCCCUCUUCGCGUUCGCUUCCCCUUUCUCAUUCCUUCCUCUCGAUCUCCGUGGCUCUCGUGUCCAGACCAGCACUCCUGACGCCUUUUGGCCAUCUGCUCCAUCGUUCCACCCCCUCUCAAUCCCAUUAGCGACAGCGUUGUCACCUCGUCUCGAAGAACGUCUCGAUCCUUGGCAGGGUUUGGCAUCUCCCCUUCCGGCCCGAAGGGACUAA